GAAGCUAUGGCGCCAUGUUUCGUGAUCCCACAGAGCGGCGGCCUUGAGGAGCUCGAGAAAGAUUGCGGUGAGGAAGAUUUUCUCGUCGUCCAGCGCGAUUUCUCGACGGCCGAUGGCGAGGAGCUCGCCAAAGGUGAGAUUUUGGUGUGUCCAUCGCUAGGGUAUCUUGAUCACGGUUGUCUCGUAGAGGUCGCGUUCCAGCUCGGUGACAAUGAGGUCACCUGCAUUGAGGAGCAAGCGAUUUUCGAUCAGCUGUUUGCCAUUGUCAAGAAUUUCCCCUCUUUGCAGCCCUCAACAAAGAGACUGAUUAUCGAAAGCCUUUGCUCGAAUUUUACACUCCUUAUCGCAAGCAUCGCGUCGUUGAAGCGUGAAGAUGCGGAGAGUGAUCCAGCAUUUUUGUGUCAGCAAAUCCACUCCCAGCAAAACGCUCUCAAACUAUACUCGUUUUUUCUUCAACAAAUCUAUACUCUCGAGGAGGCGCCUUGCUCAGACUCGCAGAAGACUAAAGCAUCGACUAAGAGCAAGCAGCCUCGUAAGAAAAAUCCAACUUUGUCUUGGAAGUGGGAAGACUUUCGAGCUCGGAUAGUAUCAUCAGUCACGCGUGUUUUGGAGGCGGACUUACAACUUCUCUAUGGCAUGGCACGGCCUGAGAAUGGGCUUCUUAACUUCCUUGCAAAGUUCGGGCUGAAGCUACUCGAAAAUCCAACCGUCAUGAAGGACAAAGAAGCAAAAGACGAAGUUUGCAAGUUUCUAGCAACGUGUGCUGUCAAGUAUGAUUACCACGAGCAACUCUUGCCUUCCUUGAUCGACUUGCUACACAAAUGCGAACAUGUCCCGAUCCCGUUAGCAGAUCUGGUGACUGUCUCGGAUAAAUCAUACGGCGACAACACUUUGGCAGUGGGGAUUCUGAGGGAAGUCGGCAUGACAGGCCAAGCAGAGUAUAACCGGUUGCCUACAGUAGCAGACAAUGUGAAACUUUUCCUCGUGGAACUGGCGGACAGGUUACCCAAAGUGUUGGCUGCCAACCUCAGCGUUCUUAUGCCGCACUUUGGAGGGGAGUCGUACAAAAUAAGGAACGCUCUUGUUACGGUGCUGGGAAGGCUUGUGGUGAAGGCUUUCGGAGACAAUGACAGCAACUUAAGCGAAGAUAUCAGGCUCCGGAACAAACAGGCCAUGCUCGACGUUCUAAUAGAACGAACCCGUGACACGAAUGCUUUUACGCGGGCUUGUGUGCUGCAGACAUGGGGUUACCUGUGCGAGCAGAACUCCCUAUCAAUCAGCCUCUGGAAUCAGGUUGUGGACAUUGCCGCUGGUCGUCUACAUGAUAAAGCAGUUCUUGUGAGGAAAAACGCUCUUCAACUCCUCACAACUUUACUGGAGUACAAUCCGUUUGGGCCUAUGCUCAAGACUGGCCGUUUUGAAGCGACUCUCGAGAUUUACAAGCUACAGUUGGAGAAGAUGACUCAAGGAAAUGGAACUUCCGGGGAAACGGAAACGGAAACGGAAACUGCAAGGUUUAAGCCACAAGAGGAGGCUGUCAACGAUAACGAGACGCAAGACAGCGCUAUAUUUGAGUCGCAAGGUCCCCCUGAGACGCAAAAGCGCUGCGAUAUUGGAAGUCUUGAGCAAACCAGAGCGCUCGUGGCCUCGCUGGAGUCUGCGUUGCAUUUUUCUAGAACGAUGGCGUCAACUAUACCAGUUAUAUCUCAACUCUUCUCGUCUUCCGCGAUUUUUGACGUUCAGCAAAGUAUUCAGUUUCUUACAAAGUGCCAUAAGUUCAGCAUUGAUGGAGCGGAAGAAUGUAUGCGGAAGAUGCUGCCUCUGGUUUUCUCUCAGGAAAGGAGCAUAUAUGAAGCUGUGGAGGGUGCCUUUGUCGUGACGUAUAUAAAGAAAAGUCCGCAAGAGACUGCCUCUAAUCUCCUCCAGCUAGUUCUUGAAGCCCCAGUCGGGCAUCUGACGUCCAUCGAGGCUCUUUUGAUUAGUCUCGUGAAAAAGAGGGAAAUUCCUGCUGGCACGGAGCCAGCGUUAUGGGAUAUUUUUACGUUCAACUCUGUUGGUGUAACACCGGAGCAAUGCCGAUGUGCUUUGUCCUUGCUCUGUAUGAUAGCGAAAGCAUCUCCAAAGGUGUUUAGCUCUCGUAUACAGAACGUGGUGGACAUUGGUUUUGGACGAUGGGCCAAGCAAGAAAGUUUACUGGCACGAUUCGCCUGUCUCGCCCUUCAACGCCUCACGAUCGAGGACAAGCAGCAGCUUCAACCUGGCCACAAAGUUUUCAGCAUACUUGCCAGCUUAAUCUCCGAUCAACUUCUACCCGAUGAGAUCUGGUACUCGGCGGCAGAACAGGCUAUAAGCGCGAUAUAUGUCAUUCAUCCCGUUCCAGAGGCGUUUAUGUCAGCUCUAAUGCUGAAGUUCUUAGAUGCUGCUCUUCAAAAAACCGAUGAAGGACUGGACUCGAGCAUAUUAAGCAGGUUUCUGUUUGCCACGGGGCACGUCGCGCUAAAGCAUCUGGUUUACAUCGAGACAUGCGUCAGAGCCAUACGAAAACAAAAAUGUGACAGAGAAAGAGAAGCAGCAGCUGUUGAUGCUAAUGCGGCAGAAGAUGGAGUUUCAUCUUCCAAGGACGAAGGCAUUAAUGCAGAACUGGGAGUCGCUGCUGCAGAAGACGUCAAGCUUGAUUAUCUUCUGGAAAAGGCGGAACGUGAAAUCGUCUCUGGCUCAGAAACUAGAAAGCUCCUUAUUGGUAGCAUUUCUCCUCUGGUUUCCAAGCUUUGUAAGAACUCCACUGUUUUGCAAAAGUUUCCUCAGCUCCGGUCAUCAGUAGUUCUAUGUCUGUGUAAACUUAUGGCAGUAGAUUCCAACUAUUGUGACGCAAACCUGCAAUUGUUAUUUACUCUUGCUCAAAAUUCCCCUGAGGAUGCGAUUCGCUCGAACUGUAUUAUUUCUCUUGGAGAUAUUGCAUUUCGGUUUCCAAACUUACUGGAACCAUGGACGGAAAAUAUAUACGCCCGGCUGCACGACAGAUCCGACUACGUGCGCAAGAAUGCUGUGCUCGUCAUCUCUCACCUGGUUUUAAAUGAUAUGAUGAAGGUCAAGGGACAUAUUAGCGAAAUGGCUAUCAGAACUCAGGAUGAGAACAGUCGAAUUUCAGAGCUUGCAAAACUUUUCUUCAGCGAGCUAUCAAAACGAGGGACAAGUCCAAUUUACAAUUUUCUCCCGGAUAUCCUUAGCCGUUUGUCAAGCUCUACUAACAUCAGUGGAGAUACCUUUCGUAAUAUCAUGCAGUUCCUCUUAGACUUCAUAAAGAAGGAUCGGCAAAUUGAAGGUUUAAUUGAGAAGCUGUGCAACAGAUUCGUUGGAACAUCUGAUCGAGCACAGUGGCAAGCGAUUGCUUACUGCCUUUCUCAGCUGACUUUUACUGACAAGGCAAUGAAGAGGUUGAUCGACUUGUUUAAACAGUUUGCCAAUGCUUUGGUUGACGAGCAGGUCCUGGAUUCUUUCAAAACCAUAUGCAGCAAGGCUAAGAAGCUGGCUAAGCAGGAUUACCGACAGCUCCUGGAAGAGUUUGAGCUCAAGAUAACUGCAUGCCACGAACAAAAGAGAGAAGAGGAGGUUGCAGCGAUGGAAGCCCAGCACGUCGCAGACAACGGUAUACGGUGUGAGUCGAAUGGAGCUUCCAAAAACGAUGAAGAGCAGGCAUCUAGCACUGUGAGCUCAAACGGAAGCACGUCGGGAGAAGACGAGGAAGUUUGCCCGAGGACUCCUGUUGCCUCAAGCGUCAAGCCUGGGAGCGUGGAUGGAGACGAUUACAGCAGUGGAAGCGAACACCGGUCUCAUGUUUCGACUAACUCGCGUGAAAGUUCUGGUGGUAGCAUGAAUGGAGACGACUCCAGCACAAAAUGCAAACACCGCUCUCGUGUUUCAACGAGGUCCAAAGUCACGGGACGAAAGGGAUCGAUCGAUUCUAAUGCCAUGCUUGAAAACUCCGAGAGAUCUCCGGCUUCGAUCGAUUCGUAUGCGAAGCGUGAAAACUCCGAGAGCUUGGACGGAGGACACACAGACGAAGAAGAAGAAAGUACGUGUACGGAUGGAGGAACGGUGAGCGAUUCUGAGGAAGAGUAAGCUCAACCGUCCAUCAGCACGGACAUUACGCCAAGUGCUAUGUGUAAUCAACAUAGGUUUUGGUUUA